GAGCCCUGCGCGGAGGUCACGUGCCGCUGUUUGGCGCUUUUGUGCGCGCCCGGGUCUGUUGGUGCUCAGAGUGUGGCCAGGCGGCUCGGACCAAGCAGGGUUUUCCUUGCCAGUGGAUUGUGUAGAAUACACUGCCAGUCUCUUGUCUUCUUUUCACCAUGGCUUCUUCUGAUAUCCAGGUGAAGGAACUGGAGAAGCGUGCUUCAGGCCAGGCUUUUGAGCUGAUUCUCAGCCCUCGAUCAAAAGAAUCUGUCCCAGAAUUCCCCCUUUCCCCUCCAAAGAAGAAGGAUCUUUCCCUGGAGGAAAUUCAGAAGAAAUUAGAAGCUGCAGAAGAAAGACGCAAGUCCCAUGAAGCUGAGGUCUUGAAACAGCUUGCUGAGAAGCGCGAGCACGAGAAAGAAGUGCUGCAGAAAGCCAUCGAGGAGAACAACAACUUCAGUAAAAUGGCGGAAGAGAAGCUCACCCACAAGAUGGAAGCCAACAAAGAGAACCGGGAGGCGCAGAUGGCUGCCAAACUGGAGCGUUUGCGAGAGAAGGACAAGCACAUUGAAGAAGUGCGGAAGAACAAAGAAUCCAAAGAUCCUGCUGAUGAGACUGAAGCUGACUAAUUUGUUCUGAGAACUGACUUUCUCCCCGUCCCCUUCCUAAAUAUCCAAAGACUGUACUGGCCAGUGUCAUUUUAUUUUGCCCUCCUGACAAAUAUUCUAGAAGCUGAUGUAGGACUGUAUAGGUAGAUCCAGACUGUAUGAUGUUGUUUUAGGGGCUAAAGGGGAGAAACUAAAAGUGUUUUACUCUUUUUCUAAAGUGUUGAAGUCUUUCUAAUGUAGCUAUUUUUCUUGUUGCAUCUUUUCUACUUCAGUACACUUGGUGUGCUGGGUUAAUGGCUAGUACUGUAUUGGCUCCGUGAAAACAUGUUUGUGAAAAGAGUAUGUAGUGGCUUCUUUCAAAUUGUUAGAUGCUGAAUAUCUGUUCCCUUUUAAAUCCCGAUUCUGUCCCAAUCUUACAGAUGCUACUGUACUUGAAUGGUUAAUAAAACUGCACAGUGCUGUU